AUGGAACGACGCUUCUCGAAGACACAUCGAACUACAAUACCAUCCAGCUUUAAAGUACCAGAGCCUUACGAAUUCUACAAUAAAGCCACGCCAUUUGUCCAAAGAACCUUAUUGUUCGUUGCUGAUGAGAAUUCGGGGCCAAAGCCCAGCGCGAGUGGCAACACAAUUGAUAACGAUAUUCAAGAUGCGCCUGCCGCAGAAACAGCAGCAUCAACGUCUAAAUCGACCGAGGAAAGAGAAAAAUCGCCUAAGAAGAGCUCAUUUUUCUUCUCCCCCUCGAAAAGUUCCAAAACUCACGGGCGCAGCUUUUUCCGGCUUCAGACGAGUCCCAAAAAGUCGAAAGCGGAGACAAGCGACGUAGUUACCGGCUCUAGAUCGUCGCCGGCACCACCAGGGGGCGCGGGGGCCGCGGGAGGAGGCCUCAUCAGCUACGCGCCUGGAUGGUCAUUGAAAGGCGAACACCUCAUGAAAUGGCAGGAGUCUGGAAAAACUACUAUCGAGGUAAAACAUUGGAUUUAA